UGUAUGCUUCUUAAUAUUAUUUUCCUAGAAUGAAUUAACACUAAAAAGAUUGAUGUCAAAUGAUGUAACAAAGAUACAGAGAUGGAAGACAAUCUAUAAGAUCACAUGCUGUGACAGAUAAAAAAAAACCAGCAUUGUUACUAACAGAACAUGGAGGAAGAACCUUCGACGUCAAGUGGCAUAAAACGUUCUAUCCCGAAAGAAUUACAAGAUGAAAUCAAUGUGAUAGCUUCAAAACAUCAACGAGUAAUAGCAAAACCAGCAGACUUAGACGAUGUUCAGAAAAGAUGGUUGGUUGUUGGAAUAUGCCUACACGGCGUAAUAUCCCCAGCCAUGAGGAAAUAUGUUGUUCCAGCUUUAACAAAACUUUGUUAUAAGUUAUCUAUUAAACAUAGCCUUGAUACACAAACUUUUUCAAAGCAUUUACAAAAACAUCCAUUAACAAACAAGACAUCCCUUAAUUACGAAGCAGUCAACAACAACAAAGUAAAACAUGGUUAUUAUAAAGCAAAGUACGACUACAUGAUCAAGAGUGCUGUGGAUCUAUCCAAGCUAUUCCUACAAACACAUAUGGUACAUUAUACAGGCUUUGAUGAAACAUGUGACUCCUCCGCUUUGCUGGGAUUGAUCAUCAAUAUUGACCAGUUCGCUCCAAUCGUAAAGUCUGAUGCCGAAGAUGUCCACGGUUUUUGAGCGGAACUACUCAUGGUCUUGAAUUAGUAAACGAGUUUCGUCAACAAACACACGUUCUUGCUGAAUAUGCACAACUUGUGGCAACAGAAACAGAUAAUGAUUUUAUUACGAUGAAAAAUGAACUAAAGACAGU